GAUAAAGUUUACAACCAACGUCAAUGCCCACAUAAUUAACCUAUUUAUGUGGACCGCGAUAACUUGUGAUGAACUUACAGACUUUUUGUGUUUAUAUGGAACCGUCUUAUCGGAGCUACGCGUACUCAGGGUCAAAUGCGGGACCGACCCUGAUGGGAGCGAUAGAGUGCAAGGAGCGUUGGAAAAAUGUGAGAGGACGCUAUACAAAAUACAAAAAUCAGUCAAAACUGCCCUCUGGAUCAGGUGCUAAACAUAUUAAAGAAUACUACUUAGCUAGCCACCUUCGUUUUUUGGACUCUUUCGUGAGGUCACGUCCAAGCAAAAGCAACAUUAAGUCUACACAGGAGGAAGCAUGAGAGAGUGAAGAAGAAAAUCAAGAUGAGGAUAUGGAUGAAAAGUUGGAUGAAACCGAAUCUUCUGGGAAAGAUACACCAAGUACAAAAAUGCCUCCUCCACUCCUGGAACGGAACAGGAAUAGUAGUGCCAGAAAGAAAUUAAAAUCAUCAACUAUAGAUGAUGUAAACCAUUCUGCCUACAAGUAUUUUGAGGCAAAACAACAAAUGAUAGAACGGAGACAGCAGAGUACCGCUACAAGUCAGCCUGACCCCGAUAUGGCAUUUUUGCAGAGUAUUUUACCGGACAUGAAGGCAAUGGAUGACAGACAAAAACUGUACUUCAAACGGGAAAUAUUGAACCUAACCGAACAAAUACGAUAUGCGCAGCCUGAUC